AUGGCGGUUCCUUUGCUUACGAAGAAGGUCAUCAAGAAGAGGUCUGCCAAGUUCAUCAGACCCCAGAGCGACCGUAGAAUCACCGUCAAGGAAAGCUGGAGGAGGCCAAAGGGUAUUGACUCAAGGGUCCGAAGAAAGUUCAAGGGAGUAACGUUGAUGCCCAAUGUGGGUUACGGAACUGACAAGAAGACGCGUCAUUACCUACCCAAUGGGUUCAAGAAGUUUGUUGUGCACAACACGAGUGACCUUGAGUUGUUGAUGAUGCACAACAGGACUUACUGCGCUGAGAUUGCCCACAACGUUUCCACCAAGAAGAGGAAGGCUAUUGUCGAGAGGGCUUCUCAGCUUGAUAUUGUUGUUACCAACAGGCUUGCUAGGCUCCGUAGCCAAGAGGACGAGUGAAGAUUCUGCUUGUUUUUUUUUUUUUGGUUUGUUGCAUUUCCUUUUGUAAGACGUUUUUUGUUUACUGUUUUGUGUUUGCAAUCAAACAAACAUGACUUUUGGUUUUAGGUUUCGUUAAGACCGUUCUUAAAACCUAUUUCAGUAGUAUUUUUUUGCAAAAGACAUAGCCUCUUUGUUAUGACAAUGGAAUGAAUUCAUGA